AUGGAGGAACCUGCGACAAGAGAACUUCACACGUCAGACGAGGAUUUGCGUCCAGGAGAAGACAGCAGUGACAAUGGAAGCAUCAGAAAGGGAAAACACAUUCAGCAAGACCCAGAGGAAUCCACUCAUCAAGUCCCGGUCCAUCGUGUUGUUCCUGUUGCUAAAAAAGUAUGUGAUUACACGACUGUACUGUGCUCUCCUCUGCAGGGAUGUGAUCCUUUUGCCCAAUCUCAACGCAGUAAACUGCAGCACCGGCGAGCUCGCAUCAAUCAGCAAAUAAACAAAGAGAUGCGCAUGAGAGCCGGAGCGGAAAACCUCUUCAGGGCAACAACAAAUAACAAAGUGAAAGAGACGGUGGCUCUGGAGCUCAGCUAUGUCAACUCCAACCUUCAACUGCUCAAAGAAGAACUGGAGGACCUUAACAGUAACAUGGAAAUCUAUCAGACAGAUAGUGAGGCUGUCAACGUUCCCAUGAUCCCACUGGGUUUGAAAGAGACCAAGGAAGUAGACUUCACCAUCCCUAUCCAGGACUUCAUCAGUGAGCACUACGGAGAGGACGGCUUGCUCUACAACGAAGAGAUAAAAGAGCUUAUGGAGCUCAGACAGGCCAUGCGCACGCCCAGUCGUAAUCAGACUGGCUUGGAGUUGCUGAUGGAAUACUACAACCAACUCUACUACGUGGAUCAACGCUUCUUUCCCCCACAUCGCACCCUGGGUGUGCACUUCCACUGGUACGACUCUCUGACCGGCGUUCCAUCCUGUCAGCGAGCUUUAGCCUUCGAGAAGGGAAGUGUGGUGUUCAACAUCGGCGCUUUGUACACGCAAAUCGGUGCGCGGCAAGAUCGUUCCACCGCCCCUGGGAUAGACCGAGCUAUUGAGGCUUUUCAGAGAGCUGCAGGUACAUUUAGUUACCUGAAAGAGAACUUCUCCAACGCACCGAGUCUAGACAUGAGCGGACCGUCGCUGUGCAUGCUGGUGCGGCUCAUGGUGGCCCAGCUGCAGGAGUGCGUCUUUGAGCGUACUGUACUCACCGCGCAGGACACGCACUUCAUUUAUCUGCUGUGCCUGGCGCAGGAGGCUGCACGGGUGUCCGACUGCUACGUGUUGGUGCAGCAGGCCGUGUCGCAGCCGCUGAUGAAGGACUAUGUGCCUUUUUCAUGGGCGUCCAUGGUGCAGGUCAAGUCGGAACACUUCCGGGCGCUCUCACACUACUUUGCUGCCGUCGCACUCUGUGACCAAAUGUUGUCUGAAGAAGACAUCAACUGUGAAGAGGAGGCACAAAAGGCCUUUCUCCAGUUCUACGUCAGCAUGCCUGCAGGGCCGCCUCUACACCGGCUUUUAAGAGACCCAGAAGAAAGACGCAAGCUUGGGAAAGCCCACUUGCGCCUUGCAGUGAUGAGACAUGAGGAGGCCAUGCGGGUCCACGGUCUCUGUAAGAUCUUAAGGAAGAUGGACAUCUUGCAGGACAUCCUAUCAGUAGCACACAAGCGUUCUUUGGACAAGUACUCUGAAAUGGACCGGGAGGAUGACUUUGAUGAAAUUGCAGAGGCUCCGGAGAUACAGUGUAAGUCUAAAGCGAGACUCGAACCAGGAAUAUUUUCUACAUCAUUUAAUGGUGUGUGGCUUCUUGUGCUGCCAGCUCAAAGCCAUCAGAAGCCAGACAUCAUUCCAGCCAACUUCUCCACCGUCCAAGCCACAGAUAUCUUCCAAAGACUGGGGCCUUUGUCAGUGUUCUGCGCUCGGGCUCGCUGGGGCCCGGCUCGUCUGAUUUGCCUCCAGAGGAAAGAAGGUGGAUUAGGACUCACACUCAGAGGAGACUCCCCUGUGUUGGUGGCUGGGGUGGUCCCAGGGGGCUGUGCGGCGGAUGCAGGCCUGAAGGAAGGAGACUACAUCGUGGCUGUGGAUGGCCGGGACUGUAAGUGGGCCAAACACGGUGAAGUGGUGAACAUGCUGAAGAACUGCAGCGACAAAGGGGUGGAGCUUAGCGUGGUUACCUUCCAUUUACACGAUGCUCAAGUUGCAAAAAGGGCCUUUAUGGCAACUCACAGCACUGAUAAAGAGAACUCUCGGCAGAGGGCUUGGAGCGUGGCUAAAGGACAGAGCUCCGCCUCCUUGCUAAACUGGAACAGGAAGAAGAAGAGGGAAGGCAACGGGACCUCUAAGAGACUGGGAUGCACUUUCAGUUUGUCUUUUGGAAGCCUCAGAGACACGGAGGGCAUGUAUUAACAUGUGAACUUUUUUUUUCCCCCACAAACAAAAAGGUCUACCAACAGUUUUUGCCCAUACUUUCAUUUAUUUACGGCGGCCCCCCACAAAACACAUUAUACACACCUGGUCUGCCAGAGAAUAAGAGGCUGUUUUGUCUCAAUGUGUAAUGAGUAAUCAAACCCCUCUAGAUCCUUACCCCACCUAAAAGCACUCACUGGCAACUCAGCAACAAACACUGCAGUCCAGUGGGAAUGACUGCAAUACUCUACAUUUGUAAACUCACAAAGUCGACCAAGCUAUGUCUCAACUGGAGCACUUGCAUACUUACACUUGAGUGCAUAAGUGCCUUCACACUGACAAGUACCCGGAUGUCUGCACUUGAUGGACACUUACCAUCUUGGCUACGUUGCAGAAGGGGACGGACUAACACAAGUGAUUGCAAUUCCCAAUUAAAAAGGAGAGAAGAAGAGCGGUAAUAUUGCGAUGGUCAUUUCGGUUAAGUGUGCAAACGUCCGUAAUGGAUUUGGGACAACACUACACUGGCACAGCAUGCACACGGUACACGCCAUUUGAGGCACAGCCAUCGUGUUUGUAUGGUACUGUGCUGCAUAGCGAGGAAAACAAAAUAAUUGUAGUGUACCGAUGUCACAAAGUAAUUAUUCUUAUGUUGUAAUAUGGAAAUAUAAUAUGAUCAUGUUAUCUUCCUGGGAAUGGAAGAUAAGCUUCAGUUUAGUUUACUUUCUUUAGUCAUGUUUUUAUGCUGGAAAAAAAAGGCUGUCAAGUCCUGCCUUUGAAGUAAACAACCAAUAAGAACCUUCAGAACAAUGAUAGUGAAAACAUGUUUUAUUUUAAUGUUUGAAUUUGGAGGGAAAACAACUAUGCUUCAGUUGAAGUCCAGCCUAGUAUUAGUCAGUAGUAAUCAGAGUAAUAAUCCUAGGAUGCUAGAGGGGGCAAGUUUGUCGUUUGCUGAAAAUUGUAUUUUUCUUUUUGCAUAUUUUCAAAACCAGUGUUCUGCUUUUUUUGUUUGUUUUUUUUUUAAACUGUGAAAUCUUUACAUCCUCUGUUGGAUGUUUUCUUAUAUCAAACAAUAAAAGCUCAUUCUAAAGCGCUUCCCUUUUUCCACAUUUUGUUGUGUUACACCCUUAUUGCAAAAUGGAUUCAAUGUUUUCCCCCCUCAAAAUUCUACACACAACAUGGGAACACAAGCCAAACUGGUAAGGCAAGGCCUUUUUUUUUUUUUUUUUUUAAACCUUAUUGGUAAAAAAAAAUAAUUAAAUCACAUGUAGAAGUAUUCACAGCCUUUGCCAAUGAGCAGAAAAUAGAGCUUAGGUGCAUCCUGUUUCAACAGCUUCGUUGGAGUCCACCUGUUAAUUCAAUUGAUUGGACAACAUUUUGGAAGGACCCAUACAUAAGGUACCACAGUUCACCAAAAGUAUUGAGCAAGGGCUGUGAGUAUUUAUGCACGUGUAAUUUCUUGGGUUUUUAUAGGUCUGCAAACGUUUUUUUUUUUUAAAAAAAGCCUUUUUUAAUAUGGGGUGCUGUGUGUAGAAGUUUGAGGGAAAAUGUAUUCCAUGUUGGAAUAAAGCUGUUAAAUAACAAAAUGUGGACAAAGUGAAGCAUUGUAGUGUCCAAUACAAUGAGUCCAAACAGUGUGUUGUGUACGUGAAAAGCUGCCGCUGCUCCUUCAGUUCAUUUGCUGGAUUUAGGCACUCCACUUGAAGUAACCCUUUGAAAACAAACACGUUUUUCUUGUAGUACCUGGACUUCAUGAUGCUGCAGUUCAUCUCAGUCCUUCAGUGCGGGGCUGAGGCCACUCUGUUCCAGCUCCGCUAUCACAGACAUGUGCUUAAACUGGGCAGGGUGGUGGUUAAAGGUCUCCACCAGUCGGUGCGUCUCCUGCCUCUGCGUGCCAUAGAAGAGCUGCACCUGAUUGGCCAAGCACUGGGCCUGGUGGACCGU